UUGAGUCAUUCCGUCAUGUCUGCGUCUAUUGAAAAUGGCGGUAAAACUGAGCGCACCGCCCGAGUUGUCUUACCUGAUCCAGAGGAUGACGAGUCAGACGAAGAGCCCCAAGAAGCAUUCAUUGACGAAGAACGCGACUUCCUCUCAGAACUACCUGAUGAAACAGAGGAUCUGGAACUGGUCCACCUGCGGAUAGGUUCUCUGGCCCCAUUGCGAUUGAGUCGAUUUGCAGCGCAUCUCAAGAAGCUCUGUUUGCGACAAAAUUUCAUCUCCAAACUUGACCCUGAUAUCUUUAAUACCUUGACAAAUCUACAAGAACUUGAUCUAUAUGACAACAAAGUCAAACACCUCAACGAUGCCUUGAACAACUUGUCGGAACUCUCCGUGCUCGACUUGUCAUUUAAUCUGAUCAAGUCGGUUCCAGAGGCUCUACAACACCUGCGGUCACUCCAGACGGUCUACUUCGUACAGAAUCGGAUAUCAAAAAUCAGCAAUUUGCAAGCGUCUGCGUCACUACGCAGCCUAGAACUUGGAGGAAAUAGGAUCAGGAAAAUCGAGAACCUCGACGCAUUAGUCAACUUAGAGGAGCUAUGGCUCGGAAAGAAUAAAAUCACGAAGCUCGAGAAUCUCUCGACAUUGACCAAACUCCGUGUAUUGUCUCUACAAUCCAAUCGCAUCACACAGCUCGAGAAUCUCCAGUAUCUAGACUCGCUUGAAGAGCUAUAUUUGAGCCACAACGGCAUAGAACGAAUGCAGGGACUAGAGGCCAACGUUAAACUCACUACCCUUGACCUCGGCAACAAUUUUAUACCUGAGAUCGAAAAUGUUUCUCACCUAAGCAAUUUGGAAGAGCUUUGGAUCAGCGGCAACAAAAUUCCAACUCUGCAUGCAUUGGACUCCCAGCUGAAGAAUAUUGCUUCCCUUCGCACAUUAUAUCUGGAGGGAAACCCUUGCCAGGCUAAUGAUAUGUCGGCCUAUCGCAGAAAAAUCAUUUUGGCCCUCCCGCAACUUACGCAAAUCGAUGCAACCUAUGUGAAAGUGUGA